AUGUUAGACUCCUUGGUCCGUGUUUCAAGACGGGUCGUUUGCGACCAUUAUGCCAGCGUCCGAGCCGAAGCGCGUUCCUCGGUCCGGGCUGGCCGCAUUGCACCCCUGGCUAUAAGGUGCCCCGGAGGCACUACAUUCCAGGGGCCUUUGACCGGCCGCCCAAACCGACGCUGGCCCGCCACGGGAAGUACACCGGCACGAAUGCCGGCUGAACCCCGCGGGCGAGUCUGGUCGCAAGCGCUUCCCUUUCAACAAUUUCACGUGCUGUUUAA